AUGGGGGCCUGUGACAUCGUGACCGAGGCCAACAUCUCAUCUGACGUUGACAGCAACGCCACGGGCAUCACGGCUUUCUCCAUGCCCGGCUGGCAGCUGGCUCUGUGGGCCACAGCCUACCUGGCCCUGGUGCUGGUGGCCGUGGUGGGCAACGCCACGGUCAUCUGGAUCAUCCUGGCCCACCGGAGGAUGCGCACGGUCACCAACUACUUCAUCGUCAACCUGGCCCUGGCUGACCUCUGCAUGGCCACCUUCAACGCCGCCUUCAACUUCGUCUACGCCAGCCACAACAUCUGGUACUUUGGCCGCGCCUUCUGCUACUUCCAGAACCUCUUUCCCAUCACGGCCAUGUUCGUCAGCAUCUACUCCAUGACGGCCAUCGCUGCUGACAGGUACAUGGCCAUCGUCCACCCCUUCCAGCCCCGGCUCUCGGCCCCUGGCACCAAGGCAGUUAUUGCUGGCAUCUGGCUGGUGGCCCUGGCCCUCGCCUUCCCCCAGUGCUUCUACUCCACCAUCACCAUGGACCAGGGUGCCACCAAGUGUGUGGUGGCCUGGCCUGAAGACAGCGGAGGCAAGAUGCUCCUCCUGUACCACCUCACGGUGAUCGCCCUCAUCUACUUCCUGCCACUCGUGGUGAUGUUCGUGGCCUACAGUGUCAUUGGCUUCAAGCUCUGGAGGCGAGCCGUGCCCAGACACCAGACCCAUGGCGCCAACCUGCGCCACCUGCGGGCCAAGAAGAAGUUCGUGAAGACCAUGGUGCUGGUGGUGGUGACGUUCGCCGUCUGCUGGCUGCCCUACCACCUCUACUUCCUGCUGGGCCACUUCCAGGACGACAUCUACUGCCGCAAGUUCAUCCAGCAGGUCUACCUGGUACUCUUCUGGCUGGCCAUGAGCUCCACCAUGUACAACCCCAUCAUCUACUGCUGCCUCAACCACAGGUUUCGCUCCGGAUUCCGGCUUGCUUUCCGCUGCUGCCCUUGGGUCACGCCCACCGAGGAAGACAAGCUGGAGCUGACGCACACGCCGUCCCUCUCCGUGAGGGUCAACAGGUGUCACACCAAAGAGACUCUGUUCCUGGUUGGGGACGUGGCUCCCUCUGAGGCUGCCAAUGGGCAGGCUGGGGGUCCCCAGGAUUUCUAA